AUGGAGAAAAUUUUCCGCGCGCUACCUUGCACAGAAAGACAGAAGGUGACUUUCGCCACCUUCACCUUCAAAGACGAUGCACAAGAAUGGUGGCUACUUAACCUAGAGAAAGAAGAUGUUGUGACUUGGGCCAGAUUCUUGGAAGUAUUCUAUGAAAAAUACUUCCCAGACUCGCUUCGAGAACAAAAGGCGUCAGAAUUCAUACAUCUAAGGCAAGAAACCAUGACGGUGGCCGAAUACCAGAGCAAGUUCACGCAGCUGACCUGGUUUGCGACAUACGUCAUCCCCACCGAAGCUCGAAAAGCCAGAAAAUUUGAAGCAGGAUUGGAUCCUGAAAUUAAGGACAGGCUGGAGGUUUUGAAACUACCAACCUAUGCGGCGGUGGUAGAUCGAGUUUACAUUGCAGAAAAAGGGAUUAAAGCCUUGCGCUUCCGGGGAACCAAGCCAGAGGAAGCAAUUUUAGGAAAGAGAUAA